ACAACAACGUGUGUCUGGACGCAGACCCGACCGAUGGCCAAUCGCGGCUGCAAGUCUGGAGCUGCGCUCCGGUCGGAACCAACCCGAACCAGUUUUUCGGUCUCACGAGCGUCACCGCCGAGCCCGCGACGCUCACGUCGCUCAGUGGGCUUCGCUUCGGCGCCAACGUCGGCAGCGGAAGCGUGGGUUUCGGAUCUGGUGCAAGCGUCUGGAACUUCAACUUUAUGACGGGGCAGAUUGUGGCGCAAGGAUCCAACCAGUGCUUGGACGCGUACCAAGCGCAGAACGGCGGGGCGGUGCACCUCUGGCAAUGCGACGCGACCAACGGCAACCAAAAAUGGACGUUGGACGCGACGACGGGGCAGCUGCGCCACGGCACGUUCAAGGGCUUCUGCCUCGACGUGCAGAGCGAGUCGGGCGCGACGCCGUACCUCUGGACGUGCCACGACUCGAGCGACUACUGGUUCAAGUUCCAGACGUUCAAGUAUCAAAACACGGCCGUGGCGUUGCCGUAG